UUUGAAUACAAGAAUACUGGGUAGACUAUAAUCGCGCCGCCACCACCGAGCAUACGGAACAACCGACCAUUGCGGGGAGAAUCAUGAACGAGAUGAUGAACUCGGUAGACAGUCCGAAUGAAUAGGCCGAGCCUCCCGGUGAACCACCAACACACGGUCUAUUUCAUCUAAGUCGCGAGUCCGAAUCACCACGCGGGAGGCCAUUGAAGACCAUCGGCGGCCGCGGAUGCCUUAAUGCUAUCUGUCCACUCCGAGUUAUCAUACAGUUUGCCCGGAUUGCGGUGAAACGACCGGCAGGUUAUGAAUGCCAGCACGCCGGGGCAACUUAUGGAUGUAGGCAUGACGAAAAAAUGUCUUUGGCAAGUAUGGAAACCCCUCGUCUAAAAGAGAGGGCACUCAAAUGCAAACCACUCUUGCACAUCUGUGAAGGCCCAAACAAUGAAACCCGACAAACGCCGUUGGAUCCAAACGAAAGUCUCAAGUCAAAGUCAAGUUCCGGGUUCCCCCCAAAAGCGUCAUUGCCCAGAUGCCCGAAGGCACUUCAUCAUGUCUCCUGUCAAAAACCAUCACAAGUGACAAAGGGAAUUGAUCUUUCAGUUGCCCGAAAACUUCCACCUCGUAUAAUAAGCCAAGCGCUUACUGGCACACAUCACCGUACCAGCACCGGCGAACUUGGUCAGCACCAAAGCACUACACCUCACAUUCUGUCGGGCUCUUCAGUGAGCAUCUGUUGCAAGCUGAUACUUUCUAACAUUGUCCAAGAUGGGACAGAGUAUUGCUUACCUCGCCGAAGCGACGAUGUUUCGCGAAGUAGACCAUCUACUGGAAACUCUAGAUAUACAUUUCAAUACAGAUGAACCAAAUAAAUCUAUAUGUCCCGAAACGCCACUUCCUGAAAACCCGAAGAUAUGCCACGAAUCGACC